UUAGAAAAUUAGACUAGACCGGAAGUGGAAAAUCCAUUUUGUUUGUGUUAUUGAAUAACAUUUUGGUCUUACUUUAGAAGGUUUAACAUGUUCAAACGAUAAACAAAAGAAACAACAUGUUUCCUUUAAGGGACUCAAUUAUAUCUGUUGUGAUUUUCAUAACAAAUAAUGUUGUUCAGGUUGUUGCAGAAACUUGUUCCAAUGGGAUAAUAUGUAACAGUCCUUACACCUGUUGUCAUGGUAAUUGCUGUCACGACAACGAUGAUGAUUAUAUCUAUGGUUAUAGAAUGUCCUUUUGGAAUCUUUGGUAUUUCUGGUUUAUAAUUCUGUUUGUUUUGAUGUCAUGUUUCGGAGGUUGUGGAUAUUACAAACAGCGCCAGAGGAUAAUUCGUAGGAGGACUGGUUCCCCAGCACGUAGUAACAGAAGAUCCAGAACAAUCAUACUCACUAACACAGGGGAGACAAACCCUACAUCUUAUGCAUAUUCAGGACCUGGUGCUGAGCCUUAUAGCAAUGUUUACCAACCACCUCCUUAUUCUGAGGUAAUGUUGCACCCAGGACUUUAUCCAACCAACAAAGAAAAUCUUCCUCCUUAUCCUGGAGAUUCCAGUCAGAAUAGAACAGCUACAGAUACAGUGCCUAUAAAUACAGAUACAGUCCCAAUUCAGCCGCCACCAUACACUGAGAUAGCCAAUCAAAAUACAGAUCUGAAUCAACCAACCUAUCAGAACACUACACCUCAAGCAGCUCAUCAAAAUUCUGCACCUUUACAGCAACAGACAACCAAUCAGCAAGCACCUCAGGAGUCCAAUCAGAAUGUAGCUUAAUGAACUCAGAGAACAGUAUUGUGCUUUAUACAGUAAUGUAAUGAGAUACACUGGUCUCACUUGUCUCUUUUUUGUAAAGAAAUCCACUUUAUUCAUUUUCAGUUGUUUCAUUCAAAUAUUUUUUCCCAAUUUUUUUGUUUUUUUAUGAUACAAACCUUAAGUGAAUUAUUAUAUAUAAUAAACUUUAGAGUCAUACUUAUGACAUUAGGCGCCAGCUGAUGCCUACAUCUCUAGGCAGGAUUGUCUUGCUGCACUGAAGACCAAUUGGUGGCUUUGAGCUGUUCUCUGUUCAUUGGUCCAAUUUUUUUUUGAAACAUUCUCAAAUUUCUAAUUGGAGAAAUAUAGACAUUUCUAUAGAUAAAAUUCCUCUUGUUUAAGGUCUAUAUAGAUUUUAAUUUGAAAAAUUGAAACAACUAGUGAAAUUAUUUAAAGAAAAGAGUUAAAUUUAAAAGAAAAAAGAAGAAAAUUAAUUAAACUUAUUUGAUUUAUUAUUGAAAGUGUUAGUUUAUUUGAUUUAAAACGGUAAAUUAAAUUGUUGAUAUUAAAGUUCUGUAUUUAUUUGCUAUGUUGAAUACUUGAAUGGAUCAACUAUUUGUAAUCUUAAAUGAUGUAUUAUCAGUAAGACAAUCAGUUGCUGUUUAUAGGUAAAAAAAAAUAUAUAUGAUAUUUGAAAUUGCGAAAAUUUUGUCUCACAUGCACCAAAAUACAGAAAUGUAGUGAUAACUUUUUGAUGUGCUAGGAGGCAAGAAAACUGUAAAUGUAUAUUUUUUAGCCCUUCUAUAAAUAUGUUAUAUAUUUUGUCAUGAACGUGUGUAAAAUGUUUUAGAUAAUCAAAUUCUCAAGAAACAAUAGUCUCCUUAUUCUUUCUUUUUUUCAAAGCAGUGAAAAUCAGGGUGUUCCCUCUUAAAAAAAAAGAAAGCCUUGAAUAUAGUAGCUUUCUCUUUGUAUGGGAGUGCCCUUCAAAUUCACCAAAAUAAGGACAAUAUGGAUUAUGGAACCUUCAUUUACUUGCUAUGUUAUCUAUUAUAUAAGUAAACUUUUACCUAUGAGUUUGGGAAAUAUUCUGCCCCAUAAAAGCAGGACAUAAUUCUAUACAAAAGUGAACAAAAAAUGCAUGAACAUAAAAAAAAACCCACCCUUGCUAUAGGUGAAAAUGAAUAUUCAACCAGAGAAAUCUUGUCCUCCAAAAAUUAAAUGGGUCUUUCCCAUAUAUAAGAAUAGUUAAUGGGUCUGGAAGUGUUUUCUUUCAGUUGAAGUAAUGUAUAAGAAUAUAGAUAAUAUAUUGUACCUGAAUAGUACAGGUGUAUCAAUGUGUAUGUGAAUCUAUUUGAUAAUGUCUAUGCAUUUAAAACAUACUUCGAAGGUUGUGAGAUAUUGUAUGAAUAACAUCAAUUCUUCUGUAAGAUUUAUUUUAUUUUGAAGAAAUAUCCAAAAUUGCCAAAUGUUGAAUUGGAUCAUAUGUUUUAAACUUUUACACUGGUAUAAACAUUUGUGAAAAUACUUUAAACUUGUCUUUAAAAUAUGUUUUCAGGAUCAACUAGAUUGCAAUUUACUUACAGUUUGAAUGCAUUACAAACUUUGAUAUGGCUGUGACUUGUAUUUAAAGAAAACUAUUCUUUUGAAAUUAAUAGUUUACAAUGUACUUCCUACACUGUUGUUAUUGUAUGAUUAAAAAAUGAUAAGUUUGCUGUUAUUUUCUAACCGUAAAAUCUUACGUUUUUCAUGACAAUAAGGUUAAGAGUGUGUGAAACUGGUUUUAUAGUAUUCACAAAAUAGAUAUGUUUAAGAUAAACCAACAAAACCUUUUAAUCAACAUUAAUAAAUUGCAUUUGUACUACAAAUCAUGUCUUUUCAUUGGAUGGUUGGAAUAGCUUAAAACAAACAGUUUAACAAAAAAUAUUUAAUCAAGAACAUGAAUCAUUACUUUUACAAUUGUUGUGUUCCAGUCAAAUAAUUUCAAUUAAGAAUUUGUUUUUUUGUUAGGAGAGGAAUCCAUGUACUAUAAUGAGUUGUUGGAUUAAAGGUUGAAAUCCAGUCUUUUUAUGAUGUAUUAAAUUUUAUGUCUUUAUGUUUUCGCUAUGUUUGUUAAUUUUUAUUUCUUAUAUGCUAGUCUUUCUUUAAAUGAUGUUUUAUCUUUUUAAUCAAUCAAUGCAUUUUGUGAUUAACUUAAGUUGAUAACUGAGUUUGAUCAGAUUUUUUACUAGACAAUUUAAUUUAAGAAUUAUAAAACAGGAUUAUGUGCAUUUUCUUUAUUUAUGUUACAGCAUUAUUGUUAGAUUUCAUUUUUUGUAUAUGCAUAAUAUCUUUUUAUUAAAAUGUAUAACCAAUUAAUCAAACAUUUGAUGGAGUUUCCCAUGAUUAUUCAAAUUGAAUUUAAAUAAUAAUAUCGGAUGUAUCUGCCUUUCAAUUAAUUUUCAUAAUAAUUUAUUCAAAGCUAGAGGAGUUUAAAUGAUAUUUUCUGCUCUAUUAUUUGCAAAGUUUUUACACUCUUUAACCAAAGUUUACAGGAAUGAUUUAGGAAGGUAUCUUUAAAUGAUUUAAGGAAGGUAUAUGUAAAUGAUGCUCCUUUUGGUCAGGUAGGAUGUGAGACAUUGCCGCCAGUUUGAGUGCCAGAGAUCAAAUUCAACAUUUUUUUUUUCUGUGAAAAAUUUCAUUUCUUCUUUUCUCUGAAACUCAAUAAUCUUUUAAAAUUAAUUUAGGAUUAAUUCAUCAGACCUUAUUUUCCCUUUUGCAUUGACGAGUUCAUUUGCAAGAUGAGCAAUGUUGUCUCAAAGAGCCACCAGUAAAAUGCUCUUUAAUGCAGAGACAUCUCCAAAGAUUUAUUGUGAUAUGUAAGACCUGGAUAGGAAUACAAAAGUUAGACAGUAUUAGGACCUUUUGUAAAUAUAAAAUUUAAGAAAAAAGCUAGGUUGGGAUUAUGCAAUUUACAAAUUAUGUAUAAUAAAAUUGGCAAACAGUUUACAGGUCCACAACAAACUUUAGGAUCUUAAAAGCUUGCUAAUAUUAAAAGGGAGAAAAUAUAUAGAUACUUAAAAGUGUUAUAAAGAAAAAGGAUCAUCAGAAAUGAUUUUUUUGUUGUAUUUAAUAAUGUAAUGUGAUCUUUCUUGCCAUUUAUAUCAACAACAAAAUUCAUGUUAAUUGUGUUAUUUGAAUGUUUCUGUAGGAAAAAUCAUUUAACGGUGCUUUUUAGAUAUUUUAAUUUCAGUUCUAUACCUGCUUUUCACUCUACUCUACUUUUUUGAAAGAUAGAUAUUAAGAUUAAACAUUAAUGUUAUUGU